CUUUGUGUGUUGCUUGAUUGCUAAAAUGUUGGUUGGGGCAGUCAACAGUGGGCUCGUUGACGAUCACGACAUAUGAAAGGUGGUUUAAGAAGAAAUAAAAAAGAGAAUUUUGCCAAGAAAAGCAAAAAGGUGCGAAAAACCAGUAAAUCUCCAAACGGGUCAAAUAAAAUCUCUCGCUGAAUUUAAUUGAAAAAGUUGAGCAAUAUAUCAUUUGAGUUAUAUUUGUGAGUGCUAAUGGUGCUAAAACACUUCUGCUUAUGAUCAAACAGAACAUCGUGCGAAUAAGCUACUGGCAAAGCGAUUAUUCAAUAAACGCUCAAUUUGUCCAAGUUCUUUAAAAUAUAUAAGUAAUCUUCUUCUGUGCCACGCAGAAAUUUUUAAACAAAAAGUGCGAAUGCAAAGUUAGAAUCCAGAAAAUUCGUGCAGUUUUUUUUUUUUCAUGAUCCAGCAGUAGUGGGAGAGAAGCUUUUUUUCAGCACGUGGAACAAAAAAAAUGGAAACAAAACAGGAAAAGCCCGCAAAAACACCGGAAUGGAGAGAUUUGGGGGUGCUGGCGAAAAUUCAGUACGUCUGGAGUAAUAUGACUGUUGAGCCCCUUUUGGCGCUGUACAUAAUGCCCAGCGUUCUCUCAGGCUUGGCCACACAGAAUCUUAAUCUUGAGAAGGCAUGUCGUGUGAAUUUGGCCUAUGGGGAUGUUGUCUGUGAUGCUCUAUCGCGUCGGGAUACGGCGAAUUUUACGAGUGAGGAGCAGAUGGUACAGCAAAUAGUAGCCAAGAUGCAGGGAUGGAAGACAAUUCUUCAGAGUGCCCUGCCGUGCCUUCUAAUUCUCUUCUGGGGCUCCUGGAGUGAUCGCCAUGGACGCAGAAAGCCCUGCAUGAUGAUUCCCAUUGUAGGGGAGCUUCUCUCAGCAUUGGGUCUCAUUGUCUGCACGUACCUGGAUUGGCUGCCCAUGGAAGCGAGUGGUAUCACCGAAUCCCUCUUCCCUGGACUCACAGGAGGUUGGUUCACGCAAAUGAUGGGUGUCUUCAGCUACAUUGCAGACAUAACUGAUAAAGACAAUCGGACCCUCAGGGUUGGGAUCGUGCAUCUCUGCGUGAGUUUGGGAUUCCCACUCGGAAUGGCGCUCAGUGGAAUUUUACUUAAACAAAUAGGAUUUUAUGGAAUAUUUUCAAUAUCAUCUGCAAUGUACAUAAUUGCCCUCUUCUACGGCUAUUAUUGCGUCAAGGAGCCGCAAAGGGAAUCAAAGCCCCAGAAAAUUAAUGAGAAAAAUGCAUUGCUGGAUUUUUUCGAUAAGGACCACGUAAUGGAGACAUUCACGGUAGCAUUUAGCGGUCGGAACCGUGUACGCGUGCUUAUGCUGAUUGUUGUCGUAAUGGUCGUCAUUGGGCCAAUGCACGGCGAAAUGUCAGUGUUCUACCUAUUUACACGCUACCGCUUCAACUGGAGUGAGGUUGAAUUCAGUUUCUUCUCCACCUACUCUAUGGUAACACACUUUAUCGGCACAUCGUUCAGCGUGGGAGUAUUUUCGCGUCUUUUGAAGCUCGAUGAUGCACUAAUUGGUGUAAUUUCUUGCAUGUCUAAGAUUCUCUCAUCCUUCGUCUAUGCUUUCGCCGUAACUAACUGGCAAGUUUACUUGGCUCCUAUUGUUGAAUUUCUCAACGGCACCAGUUUUAUCGCAAUGAGAUCAAUUGCAUCGAAAUUGGUGAACACCGAUCAACUUGGGAAAUUGAACUCACUCAUUGGGGUUGCUGAAGCUCUCAUGCCACUGGUUUAUGCUCCAAUGUACACAAAUGUUUACGCAGCCACAAUGAAGACUUUUCCAGGAGCUUUCUUCCUUUUGGGUGGUGCUUUAACACUCCCUGCUGUCCUCAUUUUCUGUUCAAUGUACAGAAUGCAUAGAAAUGACAAAAUUCAAACUACAGACAAUGAGAAGAACGACAAUGAGAAGCCCGCUUCGGUAGGAGAGGCUGGUGGCAAUGAAAAGACAUAUCUCUCAUACGAUAAUCAGGGAUAUGUGAAAGAGAAAUCCAUUGAUAUUCCGCGUGUGGACCAUUUGGAGCACUCUAGGCUGUGAUAUUUAUUUUUUUCUCCAUCAAUUCUAACAAGUCUUUUAUUGUAUUUCACGACUCUACUAAUUUUUUUUUAGGGAUUUUAGUGAAGUUAUUAAAAAUGUACCUAUUCUGUGAAACUCUCUGAAAUAAAACAUAGGCGUUGUUUGAAAUUAAAA